CAUUCGUAUUCAUUAUUGAUACAUCAAAAAAAGAAGCAAAUAGUAGCAACUACUGUAAAAUUAAAGUACUUACACUUGAUGAUGGAACUAUUGUUCAUUAUAGAACUACUCAAAGGGCAACUUGGAAACCUUAUAAUUGUGGUUGA